AUGCAUUCUAUGGGAAUAGUUUCUGCUAUGUUAUUUGUUGUUUUUGCAACAACAGCAACAAAUGCUCUCAUAUGCAAGCCAGUUACAUGCAUGCUUGCAUGCCCAUAUGGUUUUGCCACCGAUGUAAAUGGCUGUCCACAUUGUUCAUGUCGUCAAACAGAAAACGUUUGCAGUGAACCUAUUAUUGGUUAUAAUUGUGGUAGUGUUGAUCACCGUGAUUGUCCAAGUUCACACGAAUGCCGACUCACUUUCUCUACUCUUCAUGGUCAAUGUUGUUUGAAACCUUUCAGUUCAUCGACAGCUAGACCUUCUACACGUAUAACCACUGCCUUUAAGACAACACCUCGACCAGUUACAGGUACAAGCACGGCGCGUACGACAACAUCUCGACCUGUCACAGGUGCCACCACUGCUCGUAUGACUACAGACGUAACUCGAACGCCAAGUCAACGUCCAUUAAGUAUGUUGUUGACAUUUGCAACAGGAUCAGCAACAACAGGUCGUGCUACUGACUCACCUGCAUCAACUACACAAAGUUCGUUUACUACUGGCCGUGGAACUGGUUCACCUGCAACCACCUCACGUCGAUUUUAA